UCUAUCUCUAUAAUGAUGAUGUCAAUAGUGAUGAUAAUGAUGAUGACUCCUUUCCACUCACCUCUACUGUAUUUCAUUUCAGAGAAGAAUGGUUGUGGUUACAACAUUUUCGGAAAGGAAUCGAUGCUCUUCCAACUGCAACUACCAUUCAGAAAGAUUUCCAUCGGAGUUUAAACAAAGCAAUCCGACAACUAUUAGAUCUGAUGGGAAUGGCUGACCAAGCUGAUAAUCAUAGGUUAUACGAUCUUGAAGUGGUUGAGUUGAGUAAAGAUGUAGCGUUCUUGGUGUUACUUCCACCAACUGAAGAUGUUUGUAUAGUACCAGGAAAGGAUAUUGAACCAUUUACCCAGUACACUGACCUGCUGACUUUGCCUGUUCAAGUCUUUGAAAUGAAUCACAUGACAACCUACCAACCAGAUUUAUUGUCUUUGUACUCUCGUCUAUCCUCUAUUUUGGAGUGUGACCUAGGACUUGCACAACAAGCACAGAGAGAGGCAUUUUCCUCUCCAGAACUGGUUGCUGCAAAGGAACGGGUGGAUCUUUUGACCACUCUACAACUGGAAGCAGAAAAAAUAUGGAAAACUAACCGCUGGAUUAUGGAUAUAAUAACAUUUUCUCGAGACAAGACAAAACGAGAUGGUGGAAUAGCUGUAAAAGCUCUUUUGUCACAGACUUAUGGACCUCAGGUUCUUGCAAUUGGAGAUAUUGGAAGAUUAACGAAUUCCAGUAACAGUUCUUUAAUGAGUAGCGACUCUUUAUUUAGUGAUUCCAAUUUGAUCAGUGUCGGCAAAGACAACAGGAAAAUCGCCAAGUUUUAUGAUCCGACACAAGAAAACAACAGCAACAACAAUCAAGAGAAUAGUAUGUUAAAGCAAACAUCAUCAUCAUCAUCAAAAACAGAUGUCAUUCGUGUUUAUGCAGCAUACGAAACAGGGCUUGCAAAAGGCACAAGUGUCCGCUUAUGUGUAACGCACAAUACAACAGCAGAAGAAGUCAUUAGUUUGGUGGUGCAAGAAUUAAACAAGGAAGUAAUAAAAAAACAUUUAGACGGUCCAGUUUAUGAUGAACUGCACAUGAACAAUUUCUGCCUUGUAGUUUGCAGCGCCGAAAACAAGGAGAAAUUGAUACCUGAUGACUGUAAGCUGAUGACUUUACAGAGUCCAUGGUGUAAAGGUAGAUAUUAUGUGAAGAUGAAAUCAGAGCAGGUUGUGGCAAUGGAAACAUCACAGGCUACAACUGUAUAAAUGGUGUCAAUGAAUAUUCCCUAAGUCAACACUGUUCAGUGCUGAACUUGCAUUUGAAAGAGGAAAAACUCCAAACCUGUUGAUUCAUUGAAAUAUUUCCUCUUCUUUCAUUACACAACUUCCAAAAUUUAAUUUAUUUUCAAUAAUAUACCUCCAAAAAGAUCUGUUGCCACUUAUAUAUGUGUAUACAUGUAUGUAUAUAUAUAUAUAUAUAUAUAUAUAUAUAUAUAUAUAUAUAAAUAUAUACACACAUACAGAUAUAUAAAA